AUGUCUGAGCAUUUGAGAGUCAUCUUCGGCGCCGUACCCAUAGGGAACGACCCGCCGUUCAUCGACGAAGACAAUAUCCAGUUGGCGUUUUCGUUGCUCGAGAAACAUCACGUCGACACUAUCGACACGGCGCAGUUAUACGGCAGAUCUGAGCAGCGGCUGGGCGAGAUCAAGGCGGGCGAGAGGUUCCUAAUCGACACGAAAUGGUUGGGCGGGUGGGAGCCAGGGUCGGGCAGCAAAGAGAACAUCGUCCGGGCUGCGCGCGAGAGCCUCGAGAGGCUGGGAGUAAAGCAGGUCAACAUCUUCUACCUCCAUUCUCCAGACGCUCAGACCCCGAUCGAAGAGACCCUCGAGGGUGUCAACCAAGUCUACCAAGCUGGCCUGUUCAAGCGCUUUGGCCUGUCCAACUUUACCGCCGCGGACGUUGAAAAGGCCUAUGGCAUCUGUAAGUCGAGAGGAUGGGUCCUCCCUACGGUAUACCAGGGAAACUAUAGCCCCGUGGCCCGGCUCCAGGAGACGCUGCUAUUCCCGGCCCUCCGCCGGCUCGGGAUCUCCUUCUACGCCUACAGCCCGCUCGCCGGGGGGCUCUUGACCAAGACGGCGCAACAGGUCAUCGACGGCGUGGGUCGCUUUGCCGACGACCACCCCGGCGGCAACCAUUUCCGGAGGAUGUUCCACAAACCGUCCUAUCUGGAGGCGCUGACCAAGUGGGAGGCCAUCGCGGCCGAGCAGGGCUGCACCCGCGCCGAACUGGCGUAUCGCUGGGUCGCGGCCAACUCGGCGCUCGACCCAGAAAAGGGCGACGCAAUCGUCAUCGGUGCCAGCAGCGUGGAGCAGCUCCGACAGACGUUGGAAAGCAUAGAACGCGGCAAAUUGAGCGAGAAGGCCAGCCAGGGGAUCGACGAGAUCUGGGAAGGGAUCAAGCAUGAGGCCGCUCUGGAUGUGUUUAACCAAUGA